AUGGCUCCAGUCGACUGCUACCAGCGCGCUGUGCGUCUGGACCAGUACCUCGCAGUGGCAUAUUUCCAGCAGGGUGUGUCAAACUUCCUUAUGGGCGACUUCGAGGAAGCCCUCGCCAACUUCAACGACACACUCCUCUACCUACGCGGAAACAACAACAUCGAUUACGAACAAUUGGGUCUCAAGUUCAAGCUAUACUCCUGCGAGGUACUGUUCAAUCGCGGUCUUUGCUACAUCUACCUCCAGCAAAGAGACGCCGGUCUACAGGAUCUGUCUUUCGCAGCCAAGGAGAAAGUGGUGCCCGACCAUGAUGUGAUCGACGAGGCUAUUCGGGAGGAAGCAGAAGGCUACACUGUCUUCUCCAUUCCCGUCGGCAUUGUCUACCGUCCCAACGAAGCCAAGGUCAAGAACCUGAAGACAAAGGACUAUCUUGGAAAAGCCCGCCUGGUCGCUGCUUCAGACCGGGCCAAUGCCUUUACUGGCUUCGCUGGCGCCGAAAUCAAGAAGGGAGGCCAGGCCGCAAAAGAUGACAGAACUGAGGAUAAGAUCUCGUACGCGGCGACCAACCUUGUCAAGCCAGAACUUCAGAGCAGAGCACGCCAGCAGUCAGAACCACCAAUGAACCGUAACAUGUUCCCACCCACACCGCCACCGGAGGCAGACAGAAGGUCUGGUGACAGGAGAUCUGGUGGAGAGCGGAGACCUGCCGCCGAUGCUCCCAUGAGCCGCGCGCAAUCCGUACGAGGCGGUGGCCCUAAGCCUCAGCCUCUGAACCUUGGACGAGCUGCCUUUGAUCAGCAAAGCAACAACGAGCCGCCUCGUCGCCAGCCAACACAGCGCUCCGCCUCUGAACGUCCACCACCAAGUCGUUCAGAGUCAAUGCGAGACCGAGGGCAACGUGAUCAGCGGGAUCAGCGAGACCAGCGAGACCGUGACUACAGGCCACGUCGCCGUGGGUCUGACGAUGAUAUCAUUGACGACUACUACGACAAUGACCCCUACCCGCCUUCUCGUGGGAGCCGCGGGGCAUACGCUCGCUCAAAACAGAGCAGGCGACCGGCUUACAUUGAAGAAGAAGACGAAGACGACUACGAUGGUAGUGAUCUUGAUGAUGCCGAAUUCGAGAUGAUGUCUCGCACAAAAUCCAGGAGACGAUCCCCCGCCCGCUCCGCCAGAUCUGGUGGUAGCACCCGCGGUGCAGGCAGCAAAGUCAGAGUGAAGGUCCACUCUAGCGACACACGUUACGUCUUUAUCAGUUCCGAUCAGUUAAUCACUGAAUUCUGGCAACAGAUUCGGGAGAAGUUCGGUGUACGAAAUAAGUUCAAGGUGGAGUUCAAAGACGAUGGCGACAUGAUCACCAUGGCCGACCAGGACGAUCUUGACAUGGCCAUCCAGACGGCGAAGAGUGUUGCAAGGAAGGAAGGCAGCGAUAUGGCCAAGAUGGAGGUUUGGGUUAGAGAAGUAUAG